GCGUGAAGGAGACUAGACGCUUGUGCAAACAGCAGUCUCAAGGCAGACGACAAACGGUUCAAGCGGCGUGGCCAGGCGAGAAUUUGCAAAGAUGGACCCGCACAACCACCUUGGACCAUCGUCGACUCCGGACAGGGAUGACCUCGCUUCGAUCCACUCGUUCGCCACGACAGCAUCCUCCUCCUCGUCCUUUUCCACCUCCUCUUCCAUGAUCUCCGAUCUGGGCUCCAGCUUUGGUUUUCCGCGCUUCUACAGCAGCAGCAGCAGCACCGCUGCCGCCAACCCCACUUCCGGAGUACCCUCCACCGGCGCCGGUAGUCGGGGAGGGAUCGGAAGCGGUCUCUUCUUACCCCACCAUGCGUCUACGACGGACCUCGGGGGACAAGACAGCACUUCGGGCGGCAGCGGAAGUGGCGCCCACUCGCCCACAGGCUAUAUCCCCGUCGCCAACGGAAGCCGGAGCGCAGUCAGCACGGCGCCAACAAGUCCUCGGCAGAGCAUCAGCUCGCAGACACGCCUCAUGUCGCGUGACUGGGCGCCAUCUCCUCUGGAGCAGCUUGACGAGGGCUCCACCCCAAGUAGUAAGGCAAAGGGCAAAGCCAAAGCCAGAACAGAGGCAGAUGAGCAGCAGCACCCGGAAGCUGUCUGGUCGCUGGCAACUUGGUCACCUUCGACACGCGGCAGCAGCACCAACAAGAAGCAAAAGACCAUAAGCGCCAGCUCCGGUUCCUCUUCCCACGGCCUCUCGUCACCCUCCUCCUCAACACUCGGCACGACGGGGACUGGCAGCAGCGGCAAGACGGUUGAGCCGGCGCAUGCGUCUUGCUCCUCUGCGCGCGUAAAGAAGAAACAGGCGGACGACGCCGCUCCCUCCUCCUCCUCGACGACCGAGUGGUGGGAGUCCGUGCUCGGGCCAUCGCACCUGGCUGAGCGCCUCAAAAUGUCUGGACGCGCGGGCGCUGCGAUGUCCGCUUCGGCGUCGACAUCCGCACUGUCGCACGCCAGCAGCGGCAGCCGCGGGAUGGCCAGUCGGACUGCGACGGCCAAAGUGUACUCACUCGCACCCGAGGAGUACCUCGACACGAGCGGGAUCUUUGCCUAUGUCCGUGGCGAAAGAUCCAGCAGCCGGCCGCCCCUGUCGCCCGCUGAUACGGACCCAUCUGGCGCCGAGCGCUCCACGUCCACGCCACGGCGAGUAGCAGCAGCAGCGAUGAGCCUCCCGCCAUCGCCGCACGCGUCCAGCUGCACCGGUAGCAGCGAGCUGUGCCGCAUGCGCUCGUCUUCCGCGAGGCGCGUGCGCAGCAGGAGCACCGUCCGCGCCGCGCACCUGCUGAGCGACAGUAUGCACACGGCCAGCGCCGCAAUGUACGAGGCGCUCGACAGCGCCGCUGUGCCGUACUCGCCUGCGACUUCGGGCAGCCAGACGGGCUUGGGCAUCACCGCUUUCUCUUUAGGCCCAGCGCUCGAUGACGGCGCGGGUGCAGGCACGGUCGGCGACCGCGGCUGGCAAACGGGCGAGUUCCUGCCGCCGACGCGCAACGACAUCUGCAAGAGUGCCAUGGCCGCCGCGAAGCACCUGUCCGCUAAGAGCGUGCAGGCCCAGCAGCUCGCGCAUGCUGCUACCGCUGCGGGCAAGAAGGAAAAGGGGGGCGGUAAGAAGGAGCUCAAGAAAGGCGCUGGUGAGACGAUGGACGAGGGCACCGUGGAGGGGCGGGAGCGGGAUCAGGGGCAAGAGGCGGCGCUCGCUAUUGCUGCUGCGAAGGACACAGAUGAUUCUGCGCCGACGGCGGCGGUGGAUCAGCAACGCCAUCGCACGAAAGGACCCCCUGUGCAGCGAGCGUCGUCGGCCACGGCCAACGUGCCGCCAUCGCGAAGCAUCAUCCUCGCUGUCGAGCCGCUUUCGCUCCCUGCGCCUGCCGAAACGGCCGACGCCACCGCGAUCGCCGCAGCGCACUUCAAGCGCUCCUUCAGAACUCGCUCGGUCGCAGCGGCGGGUGAGCCGUCUUCAGGGUGUAAGCGCGAGCGCGAAUGGCACUCACUCGACAUCGCGUACACUGGCCGCUUUGACCGGCACACGAGCGGGCGCAGGGUGCGCAUCGUCUCAGACGACGGUAGCUUUUUCCACUGGCCGUCACCAGUGCCUGGUUCCGCCCCCCGCACCUCUGUCGGAUCUCCUUGCGCGUCGACCUUGGCUUUCCCGGCCGGCUCGCCUGCUAGUCCCGCACGCUUCAACACGCCCGAUACCAGCUCUGGAGACGAGGACCGCGAGCGAGAGCAGCUGCUCAGCGCUCUGGCCCACUUUGGCCCCGUCGCCAUCGGCGGCGACGACGACGGCGACCAUGACGGUAUGCAGCCGUCCAGCGCGGCGACGUCUUGGUGGUCCACAAAGACGACGACGGCAAGGACGACGAUGCAGACGUCCGUGCGAACGAAAGCGCGCGCAGAUUCCAUGUACUCGGUUUCGUCUGCCGCCGACGCACGCCAUCCGUCACAGCAACACAACUUCCGCUCCCAGGCUCAUUGUAACGGUGUCGCGUUUGGCAGCAACUCCCAGAUUCCCGCCUGUACUGCGGCGACGACGAUGGCCUCGGCGUUUACGCAGUCGCAGCGCCCGCGGACCGUCAGCCUGAGCGCCAAAGAAGGCGAUGGCGGCGGCGGCAGUGGCAGCGGCCGGGGUACAGGCGCCAUGUAUGGCACGUUCCCGCGCAGUACUCGCGUUUCGCCGCCGGUGUCUGCGUCCGGCUCGCCGAAUGACUUUACGAACGCAUUCGAGCGCCAGCAGGCGGAACUGCGCAAGGCGCGCAAGCACAGGCGUGCCGGCCAGCAUCCUCCAGUGUCCAUGUCUGCUCCGGGCUCGCGCAGGCAGUCUUUUUACGGCGGGGCCCCUUCCUUGGCUGACGCGUUCGGCCUCGGCGGCGGCGAGUACGACUUUGCACAGCCUCGCUCCCGCUCCUCGAUGAGCAGCACCAUUGGCAUUGGCGCAGACCUCGCUGUACUGCGCCGCCUGGAUGUCGCGCACCACCAGCUGAUGAACACAGGCCAACUCGCCAAAACACUCACUCGGCAGAUCUCCACGCCGCUCAAGCCACUACUGCACUUCUGGCUUGCGGCGAGUAUUUCGUCCGUCGCACUCGUCAGCCUUGUCGCGUUUGUCAUGCUCAGCUACGUCCUCACCGUGUGGGACGACCUCAGCGCAAGGAGCAGGUCGGUCGGCCAGGCCGCCGGCCAGGCGCGGAGGAACAUUCAGGCAAGCGUCCAUUGGGGUCGCACCAUGCUCAGCUUCACCCCAUCGCCCUUGUCCUCUUCCUUCCCGCGCAACGUCGAACCUGCGCGCGGCGGAUACGACGACCACCACGACUACUACGACGAUGGUGACACCGCCGGUGCCAACUCCGACACGCGCCGCUCCUCCGAACGCGCAGACUCGAGCACCAACGCUCGCCGUCGCCGUUUCUCCCUCUGGUCUAUGUUCACGAGCUCCAAGUCCAAGUCUUCUUCCGAGGACCCGACCCUUCGCAACGGUCGCGCGCGAAGAAAUGCGGAACAUGAGGCACACCGCCAGCA